AUGAGCCCGACGGCAGCGGCCCUGGCUGAGGGGGCGGCCCUGGCUGAGGGGGCCGCCGUGCCCUACGCGGUGGAGCUGGGUCUGACCGUGCUCCACACGGCUCUGUACGCCGCGCUCUUCCUCUUCGCCUACCUGCAGCUCUGGCUGCUCCUCUACUACCGGGAGCGGCGGCUGAGCUAUCACACGCUCUGCCUCUUCCUUUGCCUGCUCUGGGCAGCCCUCAGGACCACCCUCUUCUCCUUCUACCUGCAGAACUCUCUGCAGGCCCUCCGCCUCCAGCAGCCCUUUGCCCACUGGCUUCUCUACUGCCUGCCCGGCUGCCUGCUCUUCUCCAGCCUCUGCCUCCUCAACCUCUAUUUCGCUGAGGUUAUAUUCAAAGUGAAAUGUGCAGCUGAAUUCAACAAAUACAAGGUCCUGUUGUACCUGGGCUCUGUAUUUACCAGCCUUCUCUUCUUAGUUGUGAACUUAACUUGUGCAAUGUUAAUCCAUGGUGAGGUCCCAGAGAGCCAGCUGAAGUGGACAGUCCUUGCCCGUGCCCUGGUCAACGACAGCCUCUUCAUCCUCUGUGCCAUCUCACUGGCUUGCUGCAUGUGCAAACUGGGAAAGAUGUCUUCAGCAAAUGUCUACCUCGAGUCUAAGGGAACAUCUGUCUGCCAGGCUAUUCUUGUGGGAUCUGUAGUGGCUCUUCUGUAUUCCUCAAGGGCUUGCUAUAACCUGGUAGCUGUGGCCAUAUCUCCAGACAGUGUUCCUGGUCCUUUUAACUAUGGCUGGGACAACCUUUCAGACAAGAUGCACAUGGAAGUGAGCAGUGAAGAGUAUGUGGUGUUUGGGGUGGUUCUCUUCCUCUGGGAGCUGGUGCCAACCACUUUUGUGGUGCUCUUCUUUCGGGCUCAGAGGCUGAGUCAGAACCUGACUCCAGCAGGGAUGGUCAACAGUCACAGUUACAGCUCCAGAGCUUACUUCUUUGACAAUCCAAGGCGCUACGACAGUGACGAUGACUUGUCACGGCUUGGGGCUAGAGAAGGAGGCUUGGCCACCCCUCAGUGCUCUGGCUGCUACGGGUCCCUGGCUGGCAGUGACAGCUACGUGGUGGGUGCCCAUCUCGGCUCAGCCGCUACGGACAGCGCUCCCUUGCUCUUUGCCGCAGGCGGCUCGGAGAUGAAUAACCACCACAGCUCAUACCCUCCACUACAGGACUAA